AUGGUUUCUCACAACCUCAUGCUCUUCCGCAGCAGCAGCAGCAGAGUGAGCCCGUCUCCUCGGGAGAGGAAGAGGAGUGCGGUAUCCACCAGCUGUGAACACUUGUUCUGCAGACAGUGCAUCAACUCAUACUGGGACCAGUCUGGCUCAUCAGGAGACUCCUCCUGUCCCCAGUGUGGACAAAGACCCAGAACAGGAGCUGGAGCAGAUCGUGGUCUGCAGGAGGUUUCAGAUGAACAUAAGCUCAGUGUGAGGAGGAGAUGUGAACAUGUGACUGAAGGAAGUGAUGCAACAGGAAGUAGAACCCUCCUCAACAGGAUCUACACUGAGCUCUACAUCACAGAGGGACAGAGUGAAGAGGUUAAUACUCAACAUGAGGUGUGGCAGCUUGAGACGCCUUCCAAGAAGAAGAUCCUCCAGGACACUCCCAUCAAGGUCCACGACAUCUUUAAAGCCUCCACUGACCAGCAGAGCAGCAUCAGAGUCGUCCUGACCAACGGAGUCGCUGGAGUUGGAAAAACCUUCUCGGUGCAGAAGUUCACUCUGGACUGGGCAGAGGGUUUAGAGAACCAGGAUGUGGGUCUGCUGGCUGUGCUUUCGUUCAGGGAGCUGAACCUGGUGAAGGACCAGCAGCACAGUCUUCUCACGCUGCUCUGUGUUUUCCAUCCAGCGUUACAGAAGCUCACUGCAGAGACGCUCGCUGUCUGUAAACCUUUGUUCAUCUUUGACGGCCUGGAUGAAAGCAGACCUUCUCUGGACUUCAACCACAGGGAGCUUGUGUCUGAGGUCACACAGAGGUCAUCAGUCAACGUGCUGCUGACAAACCUCAUCCGGGGGAAUCUGCUUCCCUCGGCUCUCGUCUGGAUAACCUCCAGACCUGCGGCGGCCAAUCAGAUCCCUCGUAGAUAUGUUGACAGGGUCACAGAAGUACGAGGCUUCACUGAGGCCCAGAAGGAGGAGUACUUCAGGAGGAGGUUCAGUGAUGAAGAGCUGUGCAGCAGAAUCAUCUCACACAUCAAGACGUCCAGGAGCCUCCACAUCAUGUGUCAAAUCCCAGUCUUCUGCUGGAUCAGUGCUACAGUUCUGGAGCACAUGUUGACCACAGACCAGAGAGGAGAGCUGCCCAAGACCCUGACUGACCUGUACUCACACUUCCUGAUGGUUCAGACAAAGAUGAAGAACAUCAAGUACGGUGAGGGACAUGAGACGACUCCACAGCAGCUGACGGAGGCUGACAGGGACGUUCUCCUGAAGCUGGGGAGGCUGGCAUUUAAACAUCUGGAGGAAGGAAACAUCAUGUUCUACCAAGAAGACCUGGAGCGGUGCGGUCUUAAUGUCCCAGAGGCCUCGGUGUACUCAGGAGUUUGUACUGAGAUCUUCAGAAGAGAGGGUGGGAUCUCCCAGAAUUCAGUCUACUGCUUUGUUCAUCUGAGCGUUCAGGAGUUUCUAGCUGCAGUCUACAUGUUCCAUUGUUACACACACACAGAAGAACUCAACAACUUCUUGGGAACAUAUGGUGGCACAGACAGUACCUUCUCUCUGGAUGACCUCCUGAAGAGAACCAUGUAUAAAUCCCUCUCCAGUACAAAUGGUCAUCUGGACCUGUUUGUUCGCUUCCUUCACGGCCUCAGUCUGGAGUCCAACCAGAGAGUCUUAGGAGACCUGCUGGGUCGGACAGAGAACAAUCCAGAGAUCAUCCAGAGAGUCAUCAACAACCUGAAGGAGAUGCAGAGUGAUGACAUUUCUCCUGACAGAAGCAUCAACAUCUUCCACUGUCUGACUGAGAUGAACGACCACUCAGUUCAUCAGCAGAUUCAACAGCGCCUGAAGUCAAAGAACAGAUCAAAGGAGGAACUCUCUGUCAUCCAUUGCUCAGCUCUGGCCUACAUGCUGCAGAUGUCAGAGGAGGUUCUGGAUGAGUUGGACCUGAAGAAGUUCAACACAUCAAAGCAGGGUCGACUGAGACUGAUCCCAGCUGUGAGGAACUGCAGGAAGGCUCUACUCGAUGGUUGUGGACUCUCAGAGACUCACUGUGAAGUCGUGGCCUCAGCUCUGAAGUCAGACCCCUCACAUCUGAGAGAACUGGAUCUGAGCAAAAACAAGCUGCAGGAUUCAGGAGUGAAGCUGCUGUGUUCUGGACUGGAGAGUCCAACCUGUCAACUGGAGACUCUGAGGUCCUUAAAUCCUUCUUGACUUUUCAGACUUUCUUUCUUAUUGGGUCAUUAUUUAUUUAAAUUGUCUCAGUUCUGCUCUGCUCACUGUCCCUCAGUCAUCUGUCAAUCACCCAGCCUGUCAGUCACGUCCACCUCAUCAACUCCAUUCACCUGUGCACUCACCUGCUCCUGAUCACUAAGAAAGUGUCAGUAAAUAACAUGUGGACUGAGGCCGAGCACUCGUCCACCUCAGGUUUUCAAAAUAAGACACAUUCUUAUUGAAACACGUUGGACAGUUGAUGAGUAUAGAAACAAACAGGAAGUGACUGUCAGGAGCCAUCCCAACUUUAAACAGUGUUUAAUUACACAAACCUGCUCAGUGACCAACACACAGAGAAGAAGCUGAUGAAUGAAACAAUGGUCCAACAUGUCUGAUCUGAUAUUUAUCUUCAGGUCACAGACUGAACUGAGGUCAGCGGCAUGUUGAGAGUCUGUGUUGACAUGAUGAUGAUCCACAACAACAGGUGGGCACAUUCUAAUAUUCAUAUU